CCCGGCCUCCGUGUGCCCCGGGUGGUCGUGGGGUGCCGGGGAUGCCCCCCGGCCAUGUGGUACGUCAUGCAGAGCGUGCAGAGCAAGUACUCGCUGUCCGAGCGGCUCAUCCGAACCAUCGCGGCCAUCCGCUCCUUCCCCCGCGACAGCGUCGAGGACCUCAUCGGCAGGGGAGCAGACGUGAACUGCCUGCACGGGACGCUGAAGCCGCUGCACUGCGCCUGCAUGGUGGCUGAUGCCGACUGCGUGGAGCUGCUGCUGCAGAAGGGAGCUGAGGUGAACGCCCUGGACGGCUACAGCCGCACCGCCCUUCACUACGCGGCCGAGAAGGACGAGGCGUGCGUGGAGCUGCUGCUGGAGUUCGGCGCCGACCCCGACGCGGCCGACGGCAACCGCGACACCCUGCACUGGGCGGCGUUCCGCAACCGCGCGGGCUGCGCGCGGGCGCUGCUGGAGGCCGGCGCGCGGGUGGACGCGCGGGACCGCAACGCCGACACCCCGCUGGGCUGGGCGGCCGCCAAGGCCAACCUGGAGAGCGUGGCGGUGCUGCUGGACUUCGGCGCCGAGGCGCGCGCCCGCAACCGCCAGGGCCACGGCCCGGCCUCGCGCCUGGCGGCGCUGCUGCUGCGCGGGCCCCGCUGCGAGCGCGAGGAGUCCUGCCUGGAGCUGCUGGGCCGCGCCGCCGGCCGCCUGGAGCUGCGGCGGGACGGGGACGGGGAUGGAAUGACGCUCCAGGAGGCGGUGGCGGCGGUUUCGGAGCGGGACAGGCGGCUGGGAGAGCGGCUGGGCCGGCUGUGCGCGGCUCCCGCCAGCCUGCAGGGCCUGGCGCGCUGCGCCGUGCGCCGCUGCCUCGGCCACCGCUUCCUGCCCGACGCCGUCGAGGGGCUGCCCCUGCCCCCCAGCCUCAAGGAGUACCUGCUGCUCCUCAGGUGAGGAAAACCUGGGAGCAGAUUCCUCCAGGAGCACCUGCUGCUCCUCAGGUGAGGGGAAACCACCCCAGAGCUGCUGCCACUGCCCACCCAGCCUCAAGGAGCACCUCCUGCUGCUCAGCUAGAGAAAACCUGGGAGCAGAUUCUUCCAGGAGGACCUGCUGCUCCUCAGGUUAAGGACAGAAACUGCCCACCAGCCUCAAGGAGUACCUGCUGCUGCUCAGCUAAAGGAAAUCUGGGAGCAGAUUCCUCCAGGAGUACCUGCUGCUCCUCGGGUGAGGGGAAACCACCCUGGAGCUACUGCCACUGCCCACCAGACUCAAGGAGUAUCUGCUGUUCCUCAGGUGAAGGACAGAAACUGCCCACCAGCAAGGAGUACCUCCUGCUGCUCAGCUAAAGGAAACCUGGGAGCAGAUUCCUCCAGGAGCACCUGCUGCUCCUCAGGUGAGGGACAGAAACUGCCCACCAGCUUCAAGGAGUACCUGCUGCUCCUCAGCUAAAGAAAACCUGGGAGCAGAUUCCUCCAGGAGGACCUGCUGCUGCUCACCUGAGGAAAACCUGGGAGCAGAUUCCUCCAGGAGUACCUGCUGCUCCUCAGGUGAGGGGAACCAGGGAGCAGAUUCCUCCAGGAGCACCUGCUGCUGCUCAGCUAAAGAAGACCUGGAAGCAGAUUCCUCCAGGAGGACCUGCUGCUCCUCAGGUGAGCAGAAAAACUCAAGAGACAAACACCCUGGAGCUACUGCCACUGCCUGCCAGCCUCAAGGCAUAUCUGCUGCUGAGCUAAAGAAAAUCUGGGAGCAGAUUCCUCCAGGAGUGUUUCCUGCUCCUCAGCUGAGGGACAAAAACUCUGGAGCAGCUUCCUCAGGGAGAACCUGCCGUUCCUCAGCUGGGUGAAAACCUGGGAGCAGCUUCCUCAGGGAAACCGUGCUGCUCUUCAUCCCAUGAAAACCUUGGAGAGGCUUCCUCGAGGAGCAUUUUGUGCUGCUCAGCUGGUGAAAUCCUUGGAGCAGCGGGUUCCCCUCCCAAUUAUAUCCCAGCUCUUGCUUUAA